AUGCGCCUCUUCUUUAUUUUUCUUGUUGAAACUUAUAGCGCGCAAGAUCACGUCCUCGAGAAAAUACCCUUCCGCUCCGUCAAAACACAAUAUCGACAUAUUGAGUUGUAUCUCCCUGUGACGGGGCCCAUCAGUGACUUCUUUCAUCGAGAUGCUGCAAAUCAGCUUUGCAAAUCGAAGGGAAUGAGACUCCCAGACCCGUUGGACUUGAAUGAAUCAAUCGCUAUUUUCAAAGACCAAAAGGGAGAGAAUUUUCAGUGGGAAGUUUAUACAGGAAUCACGCGGACAGAAAUUCCUGGUGGAAAAGAUGACUGGCUCACUCAUUAUGAUAACCUUGCUCCUAACAUCAGCUGGUCUUCAAGAUUUGAUUCCUCAGACGGCUUUUCAAUGGACACCCAGCAUCAUCCGCUUCCAAGAGAAGACUUUGGACUGUGCCUUAUGCGUGAAUACACGGAAUACUCUGAUGCCUUGCUUUUCAAUAUUUGCGACAACCGAACGAUUGGGAGUUUUCUCUGCGAGGAUGAUAAUAGAGAUUUUGCCCUCAAGACUUUUUUGAACAAGACUUUUAUUGAGCUUUAUGGGGAUUUUAUUUAUGAUGAUCAUAUCUUGACUGAGUCUAGCUUGAAGGAAAUAAAUAUUAAUUCUCAUGAGUUUCGUUGGAUUUUGAACCGCUCUCCUCGAAGAAUACUAGACGCAGCGGCGCAAUGCAAGUCAGAAGAUUCAACGCUUCAUCACCCAUCAACGAUGAAUACUGCUUACUACAAGGAAUAUAUUCUUCCCAGAAUUUCAGUUGAUAUUUUAUGGCUCAAUGGGUACCAAAAAGAUAUUAAUAUUUGGGAGCUAGAGUCAAGUCCAAUGGGAGAUUUCACAGCAGCUGAGCUGCUCGGCGGACCACGACUACUGUUCAAGGAGGAUCUUCCGGAAGAAAAUCUCGCAAGAACAUGGCUGCAACUUAGUUUUGAACAUUAUAUUCCAGAGGCUAAAAGACGCUAUGGUUUCCCAUACAAGUACACAGUUCGAGGCAAAGAUAACAAACUAAGAUCGACGACUAAGUUAACUCAAGCGUACACAAUGUGCAUGAAGGGAGGUUCAACUCAAUCUUCAUCAUCCUCAGACCAAUCGGCACCGCCUUAUCCAUAUCCUCCACCAAAUAAUCCAGGAAUGAGUGCCCCUCCUCUGCCUGGCUAUCCGCUUCCGGAAUUCGAUGGGCAAAAUCAACAAUUUAUCCCAGAGAAACCAGAGGAGAAUCACGACCCGUCGCAUUUACCACACGAUGCUGAGUUGCCUUCUUAUGAGUGGGCUACAAAUAUGGUGCCUCCUUCUGCUCCCUUAGCUGGCGAGUUAGAACAUCCAGACGCAAGCUCCUGGGAUGAGAAAUUUACGAUGGAUGAAAAUACCGCGAUUCAGUGCCUUGAAGAUUAUAUUGACGAGAACUGCUGCUGGGGAAAAGGGCCGAUGAAGAAGAUGAAGAUUAUUUCUGUCGAGCCUUCUAUGGCUUUCAAGUAUCGACUGACCAGCUGGACGGAGAAGAGAUACACGGAAUGGGCACAUGAGCCCUAUCACUGGGGCAGUUUUGUCGACGGUCCUGAAAAUGGACCGCAGCCAGAUCCUUGGUCAAUCGAAAUUCCGAGACCGCAAUUGGAGAAACCGAAAGAUGAGAAAAGUCAAGAUGAAGUCGAAUGGGAAGGAAAAGGCAAAGAAAAAAGGAAGAUACCACACACUGAGCAUGUUAAGAUUUGUUGGCAUUGCCACGGAAGAGGAAGAAUAAGAUGCUCAAUGUGUCAUGGAAGUGGAGAAAGCGGCGUUGGCGAUAAUAAGCGAAGAUGCUCAACUUGUCAUGGUAGUGGCCGCCGGAGAUGCACGACUUGUCACGGAACAGGCCGACUGAAACACUUUCUCAUGCUUAUUGUCAAUUUUGAAACAGAAAAAGACCACUUUAUUCAUGAAGAAACGGACUUGCCUGAUGAGGAAAUCAUGAAAGCGACGGGAACUUGUCUUUUUCAAGAGUCGAACUUUGCUGUCGGAUGGAUCCAGAAUUUUAGAGUCAAUUCUGUGAACGACAAUUCCGCAAAACUCGUUCACGAACAUCGGACGAAAUGGCCGGAUCGUCGAGUCUGGCGACAAGCUCAUCAACUCGACUCGGUGCCGGUCUUUGAAAUAAGAUACAAAAAAGGGGACAAAGAUGGGCGGUACUGGAUUAUGGGAAAUAACGAACUAAUCUGGUCAGAUGACUACGAUGCUCAAUGUUGCUGCUGCUGCUAUUGCAAAGAUGGAGGUUGCUGUAACAACUGCGCCUGCUGCAAUAAAUGUUCCUGUGCCAUCAUGUAA